AUUUGUGAUUUUUUAAAUAUCUAUUCUAACACUUAACAAGGGUAUGAACGGUACUAACUGCUAUCCAGAGGACAAUGAAUAACACAAUUUGUCAACGGAUCAGCUUUGACUUUACAGGCAGAUUUCUGCCUCCUGUUUACAUCUUAGUCUUCAUCAUUGGUCUGCUAGCUAAUGGAUGGGGAUUGAAGUCUCUGCUGCAGAACUGGAAGAAACUGGGUAACGUCAAUGUUUUUGUUCUCAACCUCGGACUUGCAGAUAUUCUGUAUCUGCUCACACUCCCAUUUUUGGUGGUGUACUACUUCAUGAGAAGUAAAUGGAUCUUUGGAGAUGCAUUCUGCAAGAUAACAAGAUUCUGCUUCAACCUGAAUUUAUAUGGCAGCAUUGGGUUCCUUACUUGUAUCAGUGUGUACAGGUACCUGGCUAUUGUCCAUCCAAUGAGAGUGAUGGGAAGAAUAACUGUCACCCACUCUGUGGGGAUCUCUGUCAUGGUUUGGCUUUUGGUGAGCGUUCAAAGUCUUCCAGACAUGUUCUUCAGCAAAACAUUUGGAAACAAGCCUGGGAAAUGUUAUGAUACCACCCACAAGAUCUAUGUUGAGGAUUACCUGAAAUACAGCCUUGGAUGGACCCUCACUGGUUUCUGUAUCCCAUUCCUCAUCAUACUGGGAUGCUAUGGACAUGUGAUUGUUUUUCUCUGCCGCACAGAAACCACUGACAAGGUACUGAAACAGAGAUGCUUGAAGUUUUUGUGCGUCUUGAUUCUUCUCUUCUCUGUUUGUUACGUCCCCUACCAUGUAUUAAAAAACUUAAACCUGUGGUCAAGAGUUCUGUCCAGACAGAAGAAAUGCAGUGAGUGGUCUAAUGGAGUCUAUGUUGCUCAUCAGAUUAGUCGUGGCCUUGUGUGUCUGAACAGUGCUCUCAACCCUCUGGUUUACCUUCAUGGAAAUGAAGCUAUUCAUGCUCAGCUCAGACGACGACUCCAGCAAGCUUGUCAGAUGUUCAGCCGCUUGAGUCCGUCAAACCUGAGGUCUGUGCCUGAGGCACAAACUGAAGAUGAAGCUGAACAAGAGUUAUGAGGUUGACAGCCAUACUGGUUGUCACAUCUACGUUAUAUUAAGUCAAUAUUUGUCGUAUGCCGUUUUGAAUUAAGAUUUUUUUUGUUUUCAUUGUAUUAUUAUUAUGUUAAUUGCUUUAUAUAAAUGUGCUCAAUUAUUUUUUUAAAGCUCUGUAAAG